UUCAGAUAUUAAAAAAAAAUUAUCAGCUAUUAUCAGUAAAUUUUUACUGAUUAUGUUAUUCUGUGAUUCUGACCUUGACUACUUUCCCAACCCAACUUCUUAUCAGGAUUUGACUUGACCCACAAUAACAAUAAUAUUCGCAUUACUAACAAAUAAACAAUCCCAAGUGAAGAAAUGGAAAAAGAGGAUGAAUUUUUACAUUCAUUUUUUACUUAUAUAUCCCAAAUAUGUUUUGACAAAGCUAAAGAACACAUUGAAAAAGAAAAAGACUUACAUAAAUCACUUCUGCAAUCACCGUGGUAUGGCUUUUUGAAUUUUCUUCAGCAACUUGCUUUAUCUGAGAAAAGUUAUAUUGAAAUAGGGUUCCUUCAAACAAAGAAUAAAGGUUUCUUAAGAAAAGAUAAUUCUCUGAAGGCUAUAUACGAGACGAUGAAAAUAGAUAUAAGAAAGCUAGAAGAAAAUUUUAAAGUGAAUAAUAAAAGGGUACAAAAUUACUGUCAAAAUAUUUAUCAAUUUUUGAGCGCCAAAAUCAACCUCAUUGAAUUAUAUGAGAAAAUUUAUCAAAUGGGUUCUGGAAAACACCUGCGAUACUUGGAAUUGUUAAACCUCACUGAAAACAUAAUACAAAGAAAUGCACUUUGCUUUACAGAUAUUAGUUUGACCCCAGUAAAAGCUGUUUUUAAUCUGGAAUGUGAAAUAUUGCAACAACUAUUUAAGGCAUUAACUGAACUUCAACGAUUACAGUUCCUACCGUCUCUUGCUUUAAUCCAUGGAGCACAUACUAGACUUACUGCUUGGGAAGGCAGAAUACAAAAAGAGAGUUGGAAAUUAGGAUUUCUUAAGAACAAUCCAUCACCAGCCUUACUUCAGUGGUUAAUCAAGCUAAAAGGCAUUGUUCUUAGUAAAUUCAGCCUUUACUUUCACAAUACACUUGCCCAUCAAACCACUCCAAAUGAUAUGAGAAAUAUUUGUGUAAAAUUACAGCACGAUCACUAUCAAAAAAUGGUCUCUUUCCAAAAGAAGUAUGAUGCUGCAUAUGUUAUAUUGUUGUCUGACAACCAAGUCCUUUAUGAUACUACAGAUUAUGAUAGUUUUCCAAUUAUUGUUUCUUAUCCGCCUAAAUGUCCUCCCCAAUUAGAGACAAUAAUGAAAAUGAUAUCUGAUACUGUUUCAGAUUUGGUUAUAGUUGACAAGAUUAUUUACAAAUUCAGUACACAAGAACUCCGAACUUAUGUGAUAACAACUGUUGAGCCAAAUAUUUAUCUCGUUAUUAUUUUUGAAUCAAAGAAAUCUGAGAAAGACGCCUUCAUUGAAAACUUCAUAUCUGAAAUGUGUGUGAAUUUAAGAUGUACCAAAGUUUUCACAAGCCUUAAGUACAACACCAAAUGAACGUGUACCUUUACCAAUAAAACAUUCAAAUAA